UCUUGGGCCCAAUUUCUUGUUAUUUUCUCGCAUUCUCUUUCAUGGCUAGCCGCGGCUCCUCACGUAGUCCUAACCAACCUUUGACCUAGACUCCUGCAAGGGCUUCCUUCCAAUCUGUCAUCGUGCCUUCCGAGGAUCGAGCCCCUCCAUUCUUUGAAGGAUUCACUUGGCGUUCCACUCUCACAGAGUGGGACUUGACGAAGUUGAGGUCCACCUAUCUCAUCCUGGAUUCUGUGGAGCUCUCCUUCCGAGAGGGAGGAUGCGUCGAUAAGGAAGGGUACGUGGGAUUUGUUGCUUUACCGAUUUGUGCCCUAGCGUAUGGUUUGCGAUUCCCCUUCAUUCGCCCAGUUCGUGAUGUUUUGGAUUUUCUAGGGUUGGCCCUCACCCAACUUCAUUCACACGCAUGGCAUGUUCUACGAUGCUCGUGUGUGGUUUUGUGCAUGACCUUGGAGCCUUUGGGGGAGAUGUACCCAGACUUGACCGCCAAAGAAUUCUUAUCUUUUUACUCCAUGAAGGGAUUGCUAGGUAACAUCUGUAGUUUCUAUGUUCGUUCACAACGCCUGGCAAUGUUUGAGCCCUGCCACUCUAAUGCCAAACAAUGGCAAAGAAAAUUUUUCUUUGUCUGGUGGAGGUUGGGAAUUUCCCGCCUCUAAAAUUCCCCUUCGAGAUUUCCUCAUUCGUGCGAAUUAAGGCAAAAUCCAUGAUGACAAAAGUCUCUUGCUGGAGCUAAAUGACAAAGAAUGCUCCUGCGUUGAUAUCAUCCUCAAUUGGGCUAGAGAGAAUGAUGGCGGCUUGGGAGGCCAAGCAACUUUUGACCGUUGCCAACAUUGACAGGUUCCUUGUGGUGCCCAACCGGGCCCAUGUUUGGGGGCGUAAACUUAAGGCUGUGGCGCCUCUUGCAACGAGGUGUGCUUCUCAGUCUGCUGACCCUCCCCAAAAGCACCCCAAUUGUAGUGAAGACGGUGAGAGUGAGACUACAGACUCCAGUGUGGAGCCAAAGGUGGAAUUAGCAAGGGUUGUGGUUUUUGAUUCUACUGUUGCUGUUGGGAGUGAGACGCCCAGAGGCUAUCCUGUGAGGGUGUCGCCACCAACAUCGCUAGGUCUUGGCGACCUCAAUGGGCUCAUGGGGCAAGCCCUCGUUGACUUAGCGACGACCUUUGAUUUCGACUUGCCCCCUAAGAGGUACUGUUCAACAGGUACUUCACCUUUUGAGUUUCCUUCCCUUCCCUCCUCGACUUUGACUCUCAGUGGCGGCGAGAUAUCUAAAGAUAUCUAUUACACCUUUUCCAUGGGUGUGUCCGGGAUUGUCACACUUGCAGCUACUGAAACCUGUGGGGGGCAAGAUUCCACGCUGAGUUCCCCCUUCCUGCGAUCAUCUCGAGGGGUGAAACCCCACUAAGGGAUCAAGAGAGGGUCUCUAUUCCCUCCCCUUCUCCUUUUUCCUUCAACGGUGAGGGAAGAGGAAGACGAAGCUGAUCUGGAUGUUGGCGACGCGAGUUUUGGUGACCAUGGGGAGGGGCCAAGGUGAAGGCCACACUGCAUUUGUAUCUGAGUUGGAAGUUCCAGCUACCCCUUUCCUGCCUUUGGUGCAUUCCUCAUUAGGGGGGAACUCAUACGGCGGCCAGAGCAAGUGGGUAGA